AAAGAUACAACACCACUAAAUCCAAGACCAAGAGGAGGAGCUGUUCUACCAUGUGUUGUGUGUGCAAGUAGAAAACGGCCAAAGCUGACCCAAGAAAAGCUCAAAGAUCAGAACCCAUCUCAGGAUUUGCAUUUCAUAACCUCUCCUGCAAACCCAUUUGAGAUUUGCUCCAAUGAUAGCCUAGAGAGAAAGAUAUAGAUAUAUUUGGUAUAUGUUGUUUGUUAUGCAUAUUUUCUGGAUUUAGGUGGCGGGAUUCUUGAGGUGGAUCAAUGGGGAGUAAAUGGAGGAAAGCCAAGUUGGCUUUAGGAACGAAAAUGUGCCUGCAUGUUCCCAGAACAACUGAGGAACCCUCACCGGCGCCGGCCCUGGCGCUGGCACCCACUUCUGCCGGCAGAUUUUCCGACGCUGUCUCGUUGUCUCCAACUCCUCACAGGGGGUCUAAUUGCCGCUUGGAUAUGCCCACCACGCCUGUCCCUUCUUCUUCCGGCCUCCGCCUCCCUAAGCACUCCUCCAAAUCUUCCAAGAAAAACUGUGCUAUAUGCUUGAACUCGAUGAAAGCUGGCCUGGGCCAUGCAAUUUUCACAGCUGAAUGCUCUCACUCAUUUCACUUCCAUUGUAUCACAUCUAAUGUAAAACACGGAAACCAAAUUUGUCCCAUUUGCCGAGCAAAGUGGAAGGAAAUCCCUUUUCAGAGUCCUGCUAUUGAGGUUACUCGUGGAAGGACAAGGAUUAACAAUGUAUCAUUGCCCCAAAAUGAUCCUUGGGUGACUGUUUUAAGACGACUGCCUCCUCCACGAGUGGAUACCAGCAGACAUGUUUCUUCACUUUUUCAGAUUACGGAGCCAAGUGUAUUUGAUGAUGAUGAAAUCAUUCAUUACCAACCUGAAACCAUGGAAAAUAACUCAUCCUUGAAUGAUCUAAUAGCUGACAAUUCUGCUGGAGCAAUUGAUCUGAAAACGUAUCCAGAAGUGUCUGCCGUUUCAAAACAAGCAUGGCAUAGUAAUUUCACAAUUCUAAUACAUCUCAAAGCUCCUCAUACUAUUGUCCCAAAGCAAGUUCGGGUAGAUCAAUCUGGCUCACAAAUGGUACCUCAGCAUUCUCGAGUUCCUGUUGAUCUGGUUACAGUGCUUGAUGUUAGUGGUAGCAUGGCAGGUACAAAGCUUGCUUUGCUCAAAAGAGCUAUGGGGUUCGUGAUUCAAAAUCUAGGGCCUUCUGACAGGCUUUCAAUAGUAGCCUUUUCCUCCACUGCUCGCCGUGUCUUUCCACUUCGCAGGAUGACCGACACUGGAAGACAAGAAGCUUUACAAGCAGUUAAUUCACUGAGUUCAAAUGGUGGGACAAACAUUGCUGAGGGCCUAAAGAAGGGCGCCAAGGUGAUGACUGACCGUAAGUCUAAAAAUCCUGUUAGCAGUAUAAUGCUACUGUCUGAUGGACAAGACACGUACAGUUUGAGCAGUCCUGGUGCAGCGAAUAGCCGAACUGAUUACCAAUUCUUGCUCCCAGUUUCCAUGCAUCGUGGUAGUGGUGCCUACAGCCACAUACCUGUCCACACUUUUGGAUUUGGUGCUGAUCAUGAUGCUGUCGCAAUGCAUUCAGUCGCUGAAACGUCUGGGGGAACAUUUUCUUUCAUAGAAGCAGAAGAUGUGAUUCAAGAUGCUUUUGCUCAAUGUAUUGGUGGCCUUUUGAGUGUUGUGGUGCAGGAAUUGCUAGUGCAGGUGGAGUGCAUCCACCCCAGAUUGCGAUUGAGUUCAAUAAAAGCAGGAAGUUACAAAACCAGUUUGAUAUCUAAUGAAAGGAUUGGCUCUAUUGAAGUUGGAGAUUUAUACGCUGAUGAAGAAAGAGAUUUUCUAGUAACCACUGAUAUUCCAGUUGAUAAAUCAAGUGAUGAGAUGUCACUGGUAAAGAUCAAGUGUGUUUAUAAGGACCCUGUAUCAAAAGAGUUAGUAACUGCGAAUCAUGCUGCUGAGGUCAAAAUUCUGAGGCCUGAAACAACAGGACAACUUGUGGUGUCAAUGGAGGUGGACAAGCAGCGAAACAGGCUCCGAUCAGCAGAGGCAAUGGCAGAAGCAAGAGCUGCUGCUGAGGGUGGCGAUUUAGCAGCUGCCGUGUCUGUGCUGGAGCAUUGUCGUAAACAGUUAGCAGAUUCUGUCUCUCACAAAGCUGGAGAUAGAUUAUGUAUUGCAUUGGAUGCUGAGUUGAGGGAAAUGCAAGAGAGAAUGGCAGAUCGCCAAAUUUAUGAAACAUCUGGUAGGGCUUAUGUUUUGUCAGGACUAAGCUCACACUCGUGGCAAAGGGCGACAGCCCGCGGCGACUCCACAGAUAGUACAAGCCUGGUGCAGGCUUACCAAACUCCGUCGAUGGUGGACAUGGUUAGCAGGUCUCAAACGAUGUUAAUUGGGAGUCCAUCUCCUCGACGUUCACUUAGGCCAGUACGAUCAUUUCCUGCUCGACCAAUGCCAAGGUGAUUCUUUGGGCCCUGCUGGGAAAAAACUUUCCUCAAGGGUGUAGAUUUUCCUUAAAAUGCACGUUAUUUUGGUUCUGCAUUUUGCUUUCAGUUUUGGGAUGGUGGGAGCUAACUUGAAGAGAGAGAGAGAGAGAGAGAGAGAGAGAGAGUUUUGGAUGCUUACAAGGUGAUGGGUAUACUUCAAUGUUGGUUGUACAUGAAUAAAGAAAUGGGAAAGCCGGUAUAUUUGGUUUCUCAGAAUUGGUUGGAAAGGGAGAGUUCACAAGGUUUGAUUAAAUGGUCUGUAUAUAAGGAGAUUUUGUUGCUUUUCUCCUCGGGGAGGAAUGCAGGGGUAUAGCCUUUUCUAAUUGUGGGAAUACGGGUUAUUAUUCUUCACUCAAUAUAUAAAUAUCUUCUCUUGAUUC